AUGGCCGCCUCCACCAUGUCCGUCUGCUCUGACGCUUGCACCAACUCCUCCUGGCAGGUGGAUGACUGCCCAGAGAGCUGCUGUGAGCCUAGCUGCUGUGCCCCCAGCUGCUGCCACUGCUGUGCCCCAGCAUCUUGCAUUACCCUUGUCUGCACCCCAGUGAGCUGUGGGUCCAGCCCCUGCUGCCAAUCUGUCUGUGCUAGCUCCUGUGCACCCUCAUGCUGCCAGCCCUCAUGCUGCCAAUCCUCCUGCUGUGUGCCUGUCUGCUGCACACCCAUCUGUUCUGGAUCCUCAUGCUGCCAGCAGUCUAGCUGCCAGCCAGCUUGCGGCACCUGCUCUCCUUGCCAGCCAUCCUGCUGCGUGACCCUCUGCUGCAAGCCUGUCUGCUGCACACCCAUCUGCUCUGGAUCCUCCUCAUGCUGCCAGCAGUCUAGCUGCCAGCCCUCAUGCUGCCAGCCUUCAUGCUGUGUGCCUGUCUGCUGCAAGCCUGUCUGCUGCAAGCCCUGCUCCAGCGUGUCCCUGCUCUGCCGCCCUGUGUGCAGACCUGCCUGCUGUGUGCCCAGCUCCUCCUGCUGUGCCUCGUCCUGCCAGCCCAGCUGCUGCAAGCCCUGCUCCAGCAUGUCCCUGUUCUGCUGCCCUGCUUGCUCCAGCCAGGCCUGCUUCAGCCCCACCAUGGCCACCUCCACCAUGUCCUUCUGCUCUGACGCUUGCACCAACUCCUCCUGGCAGGUGGAUGACUGCCCAGAGAGCUGCUGUGAGCCUAGCUGCUGUGCCCCCAGCUGCUGCCAGUCCAGCUGCUGCCAACCUAGCUGCUGCCAGUCCAGCUGCUGUGCCCCCAGCUGCUGUGCCCCAGCCCCCUGCCUGACCCUCAUCUGCACCCCAGUGAGCUGUGGGUCCAGUCCCUGCUGCCAAUCUGCCUGCUGCAGCUGCUGCACACCCUCCUGCUGCCAGCAGUCUAGCUGCCAGCCCUCAUGCUGCACCUCCUCACCUUGUUGUGUGACCCUUUGCUGCAAGCCUGUCUGCUGCACACCCGUCUGCUCUGGAUCCUCCUCCUGCUGCCAGCAGUCUAGCUGCCAGCCCUCAUGUUGUCAAUCCUCCUGCUGUGUGCCUGUCUGCUGCAAGCCUGUCUGCUGCAAGCCCUGCUCCAGCGUGUCCCUGCUCUGCCGCCCUGUGUGCAGACCUGCCUGCUGUGUGCCCAGCUCCUCCUGCUGUGCCUCGUCCUGCCAGCCCAGCUGCUGCAAGCCCUGCUCCAGCAUGUCCCUGAUCUGCAGCCCUGCCUGCUCCAGCCAGGCCUGCUGUGGCCUCUCCUCAGGCCAGAAGUCCAGCUGUUGA